AUGGAGCAAAGACAGAUCUUUGUUCAUGCGGUGAUUUUCUUGUUUAUGGUCUUACUUAGAGCAAGUUAUUAUGGCACAGUUAAAGCAGAAGAAGGAAGAGAAGAAGCUGAUAGGAUUUUGGAACUCCCAGGGCAACCAAAGGUGUCGUUUCAGCAGUUCUCUGGCUAUGUUACUGUCAAUAAGGUUGAUGGUAGAGCACUCUUUUACUGGCUCACUGAAGCUUCCCAAAACCCUCUCACCAAACCCCUUGUCAUUUGGCUCAAUGGAGGUCCAGGUUGUUCAUCAGUGGCAUAUGGAGCAUCCGAAGAGAUUGGGCCAUUUAGAAUAAAUAAAACAGCUUCUGGGCUAUACAUUAACAAGUUCUCAUGGAACACAGUGACCAAUCUCUUAUUCUUGGAAGCUCCGGCCGGAGUUGGCUUCUCCUACACCAACCGCUCCUCCGACCUCCUUGACACUGGCGACCGCCGCACUGCCGAAGACUCUCUGGAAUUUGUAAUCCAAUGGCUAGAACGAUUCCCACGUUAUAAGAAUCGGGAAAUUUAUAUCACUGGAGAGAGCUAUGCAGGCCAUUAUGUCCCUCAAUUAGCUAGGCAAAUCUUGACCUAUAACUCAAAAACCAAGUACCCCAUUAAUCUCAAAGGAAUAAUGGUUGGAAAUGCAGUCACAGACAACUAUUAUGAUAACUUGGGCACAGUGACUUAUUGGUGGAGCCAUGCAAUGAUCUCCGACCAGACUUACCGGCAACUCAUUAACACUUGUGAUUUUCACCGGCAGAAGGAAUCCGAUGAGUGUGAGUCUCUAUAUAGCUACGCCAUGGAUCAAGAAUUUGGCAACAUUGAUCAAUACAACAUCUAUGCACCUCCAUGCAACAAUUCAGAUGGCAGCUCCGCCACGCGCCACACUAUUCGGUUACCUCACCGUCCCCAUACGGCUUUCAGAAAAUGGUCUGGUUAUGAUCCAUGUACGGAAAAGUAUGCAGAGAUUUACUACAAUAGGCCAGAUGUUCAGAAAGCACUCCAUGCUAACACAACCGGCAUUUCUUAUAAGUGGACUGCUUGCAGUGAGAUUUUGAAUCGAAACUGGAAUGAUACAGAUGUAUCUGUUCUUCCAAUUUAUAGAGAGUUGAUAGCUCAUGGAACAAGAGUUUGGGUGUUCAGUGGGGAUGUGGACUCAGUGGUGCCGGUUACAGCUACUAGAUAUGCCCUUGCACAGCUUAAGUUGGCAACUAAAAUACCAUGGUAUCCUUGGUAUGUCAAAAAUCAAGUUGGAGGUUGGACAGAGGUGUAUGAAGGGUUAACAUUUGCCACGGUGAGAGGAGCAGGCCAUGAAGUCCCACUAUUCAAGCCCAGAGCAGCUCUUCAGUUAUUCAAAUCAUUUCUUGCAGGAAAGCCUCUCCCUAAAUCCUAAAAAGGAAAACAAGAAGGGGGGGAAAAAGAAAGAAAGAGGGGAAACCAGUGAAAAAUCCCAUUAGGUGGUAGUUUCUAUUA